AGGACUCGCCACUAGGGGCGGCAGCGGACUCCACAGCAGCACCGGCUGCAAAGCUGUGCGGCCCAGGUUUCCAGCCGGGUCCUUUUCGUCGACGGGCUUCCAGCAUGGCUGCGCCCAGGGCUGCCGGCCCGGGGUCCGCCACGCUCUCACUUUCCUGACAGUUCCUGGCUCUUGUCUCCCCCGGGCUACCCCAGCAGACAUGUUCGCCAAGGCCUUUCGGGUCAAGUCCAACACGGCCAUCAAGGGGUCGGACAGGAGAAAGCUUCGGGCUGAUGUGACAGCUGCUUUCCCCACCCUUGGAACAGAUCAGGUCUCUGAGUUAAUACCUGGAAAGGAGGACCUCAACAUUGUAAAGUUAUAUGCUCACAAAGGGGAUGCAGUGACUGUGUACAUGAGUGGUGGCAACCCCAUCCUAUUUGAACUGGAGAAAAAUCUGUAUCCAACAGUGUACACACUGUGGUCCUAUCCUGAUCUUCUACCGACCUUCACAACAUGGCCUCUGGUACUCGAAAAACUGGUUGGGGGAGCAGAUUUGAUGCUGCCAGGACUAGUGGUGCCCCCUGCUGGUCUGCCUCAGGUACAGAAGGGUGACCUCUGUGCCAUUGCCUUGGUGGGGAACAGAGCCCCCAUGGCAAUCGGAGUGGCUACCAUGUCCACAGUUGAGAUGCUGACUUCAGGCCUGAAAGGAAGGGGCUUCUCUGUGCUCCACACUUUCCAGGAUCACUUGUGGCGGUCUGGAGACAAGUCCUCUCCACCUUCCAUUGUUCCACUGGUACCGGAUCCUGCAGAUCUCAAUGAAGAGAAAGUAGAUCCUGCCCUACAGGGAGACCUGAGGGCCCUGACUCUGGAGGGAGAGGAGAUGGAGAAUGGGGAGGUUCAUCAGGCACAUGGGGAGAAGUCCCCUCCAGAAGCCUCAGAAGACACCAGCGUCAGGACCCUGAGCCAAGACUCCAAAGAUAGCAAACCCCUUCAAGAACAAAUGGAUGAACUGUUGCAGCAGUGCUUCUUGCACGCUUUAAAGUGCCGAGUCAAGAAGGCUGACCUCCCUUUACUCACCAGCACUCUCCUUGGCAGCCACAUGUUCUCCUGCUGCCCUGAAGGACAACAACUGGACAUAAAGAAGUCAAGCUACAAAAAGCUGUCUAAAUUCCUGCAGCACAUGCAGCAGGAGCAGAUUAUCCAGGUGAAGGAGCUGAGCAAAGGGGUGGAGAGCAUUGUGUCUGUGGACUGGAAACACCCAAGGAUCACAUCUUUCAUCAUACCCGAGCCCUCCCCGACCUCCCCGGCUGUCCAAGAGGGUGGCAGGGAACAGCCCUAUCACCCUCCAGAUAUAAAACCCCUCUACUGUGUCCCAGCCAGCAUGACCCUGCUCUUCCAGGAGUCUGGCCACAAGAAGGGGAGCACUCUGGAGGGCCGUGAGGUCAGAACAAUCAUCAUUGACUAUGCCAAAAAAAAUGACCUUGUUGAUGCAAACAACAAAAAUCUGGUGAAAUUGGAUCCCAUCCUGUCUGAUUGCAUCUUAGAGAAAAAUGAACAGCACACAGUCACGAAGCUUCCGUGGGACUGUCUCCUAAGCAGAUGCUUGGAAAAACUGCAGCCUGCUUAUCAAAUGACCUUUCCUGGGAAAGAUCCUGUUGUGAAGAAAGGGAAAAUCUAUCCCAUUGACAUCACCCUAGCGCAGAGAGCUUAUAAUAAAAAGGUGACUGUGGUCCGGAACUUGGAGACCUAUGGUCUGGACCCAUCCUCAGUGGCUGCCAUCCUCCAGCAGCGAUGCCAGGCCAGCACCACUGUCACUCCUGCCCCUGGGGCCAAGGACAGCCUGCAGGUGCAGAUCCAAGGAAACCAGGUCCACCAUCUCAGCCAGCUGUUGCUUGAAGAGUAUCGACUCCCUCGAAAACACAUCCAAGGCCUAGAAAAUGCCCCCAAACCUGGCAAGAAGAAGUGACAGACUCUUGUUUCAUGCGGUGGAUUCCGGUGGUAAUUUAUAUGAGCAUGGUCAGCUUUUACAAAUAAAAAAAUUAAUUAUUUGCCAAAUGUUUUUAUUCCAAUCUAAA